UCUGAACUUUUCCUCCUGGCUCAGUAAUCUGACACCGGCACUAACCCGGGGAACAGAGGAUGGAUUCCCGACUACACUUUAGCACAGAAAAGAAUGGUAGCGCCAGAGAGAGCCAGUGUGGCCCAAUGUGAGCGCGGACUCUGAGGGUUUCAGCUUCUGUGUUUUAUAAAUGCGCUACACAAAGUUUGUCCCUAAAUAAGGGUGCGGAUGGGUGACGACCACUCUCAGCGCUUCCAUGCAAGGAGACGAUGAAGAAUCACAACGGCAGCCCCAGACUAAACUACCACCAGCCUUCAAAUCACACCAGAGAUCGGAACGGUAAAAAGGGAGACUGUCUGCCGGCCCUUUGGCUGCGCUUCUCACUGCGUGAUUAUGGCUUCUGCAUGUGCGCACUGCUGCUCUUCUGCCUCGGAUCGCUCAUUUUUCAGCUCAACGGCGGACCCCCGAGAUUCCUUCUCGACAUGCGCCAGUAUCUCGGAAAAUCCACAUUUAUGGAUGAUCACGGUCCCCCUCUCCCAAAGGUGCUGCCAUUCCCCAGUGAGGUGAUCUAUAAUCGUGUAGGGAAAUGUGGCAGUCGCACUGUGGUGCUGCUUCUCAGGAUUCUGGCUGAUAAACACAAGUUUAACCUGGUUUCAUCUGACGUCCACAACAAAACCAGACUCACCAAGCACGAGCAGGUGGAUUUGAUGAGAAACAUCAGCACGAUCUCGCAGCCCUUCCUGUACACGAGGCAUGUUCACUUCCUCAACUUCAGCAGGUUCAGGAUGGAGCAGCCUGUCUACAUUAACAUCAUCAGAGACCCCAUUAACCGCUUCCUCUCCAACUACUUUUUCCGUCGGUUUGGAGACUGGAGGGGAGAACAGAAUCACUUGGUCCGCACACCUCGGAUGAAAGACGACGAGAGAUACCUGGACAUUAACGUGUGUAUCCUGGAGAACUUUCCCGAGUGCUCAAAUCCACGCCUUUUCUACAUUGUGCCGUAUUUCUGUGGUCAGCAUCCUCAGUGCAGAGAGCCAGGCGUGUGGGCGUUAGAGAGAGCCAAACAGAACGUCAUGGAGAACUUUCUCCUGGUGGGAAUUUUGGAGGAGCUGGAGGAUGUGCUGCUCCUGCUUGAGCGACUGCUACCUCACUACUUCAGCGAUGUGCUGACCGUCUACCACAGCCCAGCUUUUUGGAAGGUGGGUAAUCUGACAGGGACAGUAAAGAAGCACAUGCCAACGCUGGAGGCCUUGCAGGUUCUGUACCGCCGCAUGAGGUACGAGUACGACUUUUACAACUUCGUGCGUGACCAGUUCCACCUGGUCAAGAAGAAGAUCGGCCUCAAGUCGACACAUACGAGCUCGUCACAAGAACGCGACUUUCUGCGGGACCUCGCUCUACGAACUAACGAUCCACUGGACGAGGACGAUGAAGACGAGGACGACGAUACCGCUCUGGAAGACGCCAACAACUGGUUGGUGCAGCCUUGAAUGUCGCCACGGAGAUUUGAUAUCUCCCAGGAUUCAAGUGGCGAGAGUAUUCCCAAGAGCACUUUGCGUGUGUGUGCGUGCGUGCGUGUGUGUGUGUGUGUGUGUGUGUGUGUGUGUGUGUGUGUGUGUACACAUCUUCAAGUGAUACCCGUAUUUUUAACGGGGGUGUUAAAAAUCCACCAGGACAGCUACAGUGCAUAGAUGGGCCUAAUUUAAUAUAUUCAAAAAUACAAGACAAAAGACAAUGUACAAAUGAAUUUAUCUUUUGUCAAUUUUUUUUUUUAUUAAGAAUGCUUUUUUUUUUGCUUUGUUUAAAAAAAUGGAUUUCUGAAAAACAGAGUUUGGUCGUUUGUUUACGUGAGGUUUUAGAGUUUAAGCUUCGAGAGGAGUGUAAAUGGAAGAACAUCUAACAGUCUUUAUUAUGGUGUAGGAAAUGAGCACGCAGAUCUGAUUUAUGGCACAUGAUCAUACAAUUUACACUGCACAUACAACAAUAAUACAAUCAUAUAUGGA